ACAGUGUCUGAAGUUACACGAACGCAAGUAAAGCGAACCACAACAAAGAUGCCACUCAACUUGUUCGGAACAAGCUUUUCUCCUGGGAAAUCACCUCCCAGACGGUCUGUAUCCCUUUCCAGUUUACGAAGGGAGAGUGAUAAAUCAGGCCAAGAUCUUUCGCAGGAAUUCAACAAAAUAAAACUGAAUAUUGGCGGUCAAAAUGCUACGUUCGAGGAUGGAGAAUGGGUGUCAGAGGGAAGCUCAAAAGGUCGUGUCAGUAAUCGAGAAGUAGCACGCCUUCGUCAGCAGAACCAAGUGCUCUUGGAAGAAAACAACUUACUUAAGUUAAAGGUGGAACUUCUUCUUGACAUGUUAACAGAAAAGUCAGCAGACACUUUGAUUAAAGAAAAAGAAAUUAUGCGGCUGAAGUCAAGAACAAAGGAUGGAUAAUUUAUGGAUACUUUGUAUGUUGUUCUUGGUACUGCUCUUUUAGUUUAUAUAUUUUUGUGAGUCAUUGAAGGCUGUUUGUGAAUCUUUUCUGAUAAAAAAAUGUUCUAGUAGGAAACUCCCCCAGUCAUUUAUCAACUUGCCAUUUUCAAAAGGUACUUUGAUAUCAUUAGCUUUACACACUGCCUAUGUAGCCGGUUAAACUGGCAUGUAUUUUAUGCUGUAUUAAACUUUUUGAGUCAAUGGAAUCUGGACUUGUUCUCAAGGGUCUCUGUGGCUUAACCUGUUUCAUGUAAUUAAUACAGUUUUAACCAAAGAAAUACACUAUGCAUUGUUUUAUGACUAAUGCAACAUUAUAAUAGAGCAGCUAUACAUUUGAGUUUAAUCUGGUAAAAUUUAUAUAGGACUGACUAAUUUAAUAGCCUAUCCUAAUCCAAUGUGCGACUUCCAUUGACAGCUACAAAUUAAUUUUAUUUGUGGCCUUUAAUGUAUAUUUUGCUAGAUAUAUAUAUUGUACAACCACAUUUUCAGAAGAGCCCUUUUAUUAUUCAAUUUAGUGUAACUAUAAUUUGUCAGGUGUUCCACCUCAUGCAAGAUAUAAUACUGGAUAGGGAAACAUGACUUAUUCCUGAAUCUUUUCUGUGUAUGCUUGGUAUUAGAAUUUUAGUUCACAUGUUAAUUCAGGGGCCUUGGGAAUUCAAGAUGUAAAACAGCUACAGUAACAUAUGUGUGUGUGUGUGUGUGUGUGUGUGUGUGUGUGUGUGUGUGUGUGUGUGUGUGUGUGUGUGUGUGUGUGUGUGUGUGUGUGUGUGUGUGUGUGUGUGUGUGUGUGUGUGUGUGUGUGUGUGUGUGUGUGUGUGUGUGUGUGUGUGUGUGUGUGUGUGUUUUUGUUGUGUAAUUGCAUGUGGUGUGCGUGGAGCAUGCAGUGUAGUGGGUAUAUGUGUUUGUAGGAUAGGGGGCUAUGCAUGCACAUCCAAGCAUGAGUGCAUGUGUUUAUGCGAGCAUGAGUGCAUGAGCAUAAGUAUGCUUGCAGGAAUGUGUGUGUAUCAGAGAGAGUGAAUGUGGGUGUAAGUGUGCAUCUGUAUGUGUGCAUAAGUGUUCAUAUGUAUGCAUGAGUGUUUGUGCUUAAUAAGAUAAGUGAGUGAAUGUGGGUUUGAGCCUUAGUGUAAGUUGUAAAUAUUAAUGUAUACAAAUAUUCACACAUACUGUCCAUUCACAAUUUUCUGGUUGAAAUUAAUCAUACUUAGCUAUUGAUUAGCUAAAACUAAUAAAUGGCUUUUUAAACUGUUUGUAUUGUUUUUCUAAUAAAUACUUUUUUAUUCCAA